CACCACGUGACCCCGGCUGUCAAAUAUGGCCCCCUCCAACUGGGUGUGAGACAGAGACAGAGACAGAGACAGAGACAGCUGACAAAGGAAGAAAUCUGUCAACAACAAAACAAAGACAGGACGGCAGCUUUAGUCCAUCCGCUGCACGAAGGUGAGUGAAAAAUGUCCGGCAAAUGAUGAAGCGUGUCGGAGAGAGGAACUGACGGGCCUUCAUUUUUUUUUUUUGCAAGACCAUCUGUUCAGAUCAAACCUCCCUCCUCCUGCGAGCCUCCGUCCACCCCCCGCCCCUGCAGCCAUGCAGAUUAAUCCAGUGUACGUGGAGUCCUCUGUGGUUCUGGCCGUGGUGCUGUGUGUCCACAUGGCGUUGUGGAACCAGCACUCCUGGUGCAGCAUAGCCCUCUUCAUCCAGGCUUUCUACGUGCAGCACAAAUGGGACCGUCUGCUCAGGUCAGGCAGCGCCGUGUUCCAGUUUCGGCCCGCGGCCAACAGCGGCAUCGUCCCGGCCUCCAUGGUGAUGCCCCUGCUGGGCCUCGCUCUGAGAGAAAAGUGCUCCGCCUCAGGGAAUGUCUACUUUGAGCGCUUCUCCAUGGUGAUCACCAUCACGGGCAUGAUGCUGGCUCUGUUUCUCUCCCUGAUCGCGCUGGGCAUCACGAGACCCGUGCCCACCAACACUUGCGUGAUCGCGGGCAUGUCCGGCAGCGCCAUCCUCUACACGACCAAACAGACGCUGACGGUGUCCGAGGUCAUCGAGGUCCUGGAGGUGCUGCUGAUCUUCGUUUAUCUAAGCCUGAUCGUGCUUUACCUGCUGCCGCGCUGCUUCACGCCCGGAGAGGCGCUCCUCAUCGUCGGCGGGAUCAGUCUCAUCGUCAACCAGCUCAUCAAGCGCUCCCUGAACCUGGCAGAGGUCAAAGGCGAUCCGGUGAACUAUUUCUUGCCCGUUGUAGUCGUGGGCUCGCUGCUGCUGGGGGUCUUCUUCGCCCUGCUCUUCUGCUUCAUGGAGUCCGAGACGUGGGUGUCGUCGCUUUUCUUUCACAUGAUGACGGCCGUCCUGGGUCUGGGAAUCCUCAUGCCGUGGCUCUCCCUGUUCAUCGGCCGACACCCCAUCAUGUGGCUGCUGGACUUUCUCACGUUAAACGACAGAAGACUCUGUCUGCUCGGGUACUGGGUGUUUCUGUCUGUCGUGGCAACUUGUGUCGUGUUCCACCAGAACUACCAGCGCCAGUCAGGGUCCAAGAAGCACCAGGCCUCGACUGUUGUCAGGAAGUACUUCCAUCUGAUUGUAGUAGCCACAUACAUCCCGGGGCUGAUAUACGACCGGCAGCUGCUCCACGUGGCGUCCGUGGGCUGCUUGGCGGUGUUCUUGUUCCUGGAGUAUGUGCGUUACUUUCGGAUUAGGCCCGUGGGUCAGCUACUCAGGCAGGUGCUGACCUUGUUCCUAGAUGAGCGGGACUCUGGGCCUCUUAUCCUGACCCACAUCUACCUACUACUGGGCAUGUCUCUGCCCAUAUGGCUGUUCCCCGGGCCCUGCGCCCCCAAGGGAGUACUUCCCGGCGCAGGUGGCCUGGUGCCGUAUGCAGGUGUGCUGGCCGUGGGGGUCGGAGACACCGUGGCGUCUGUGUUCGGCAGCACCAUGGGGGAGAUCCGCUGGCCCGGCACUAAGAAAACCAUGGAGGGGACGGCGACGUCGGUGUUCGCCCAGAUCAUCGCCGUCGCCAUGUUUCUCAUCUUCGACGGGAGCAUCAACCUGAACUCCACCUACUCAUGGAUUGUUGGCUCGGUCACUCUUGUGGCCAUGUUGGAAGCCUACACCUCCCAAAUAGACAACCUCCUACUCCCGCUCUACCUCUUCAUCCUGCUGUUGCUUUGACUGGACAGAUGGCACAAACAAAAACCCUUCUGCUGUGUUUUGGGGGGAAUCAGUGUAAAAGAAAAAAUGAUAGAAGUAAUAAGAAGUCCCAUUAAUAAUCAGCGGACUUGGUCAAAAAGUUGUUUUAACUAGCACAAGAAAGGAUAAGUUAACAACGUAACAGCUUAAUCGAGCUGGGUCAUUUUCAACAAACCGGCGUGGGAGCAGACGUGGUUAGAGUCUGUUCUGUCAUUUCAGUAUCAGUUUGCUUUGAGGAGCGAGACGAUCGCUUUCAGAGUCCGACACGAAGAAACGCGAGUUGCGAAAUAUUCUUUUGAGCUCCGUGUCUGCGGUGUGCGGUUUCUUUUUUGCGUGUCACUCCCCCCCGACGACUCUAAUGAAUUAUGCAACAGAGGAUAGAAUUAGCAAAGUGGAAAUAAAAUGUCCUUUUUAUUAAAAAACAGAAUUCUGGACACAGCACAGACGCCGCUAAGUGUCACAUAUUGAUCAUGAGUGAGGACGUUUGUUUUUUUCUUCUUAUCUUUGUCCCUAACGGAUAACAUGCCUUUGUAAUGCCUUUGAAGAACAUUAUUUAAAGUUAGCUUAUCGAUGUCCUUAUCUUUCUUAAUCAAUGUUUUUGUUAUUGGAUUAUUUUUGCCUCCUCCCCCCGAUGGCAAUAUAAA